AUGGCAUUUAUUUCGGGCCUUUCUUCUGCCUUCGGGAAGAAGCUGUUGCUGUUCGGCUUGCGGCAUAUCGACAUCCUCGACAAGGAUCCCGCCGAGUUUGUGAACGUCGACGUUGGCAAGCGCACCACACUCGUGGUCAGGGAUGUCGGUUUGCAUAUCAAGAAACUUGUGGCCCUUCUCCACCUUAAACUCCCGCCCGAAAUCCAUCUAGCCACCGCCCGUGCGUCGCUAUUCCGCAUUACCUUCGUACUCGAACUCGGUCCCCCACGCAUCAUAAUAGAAGUCGAUGGCAUUCGGAUUCGCGCUCGCCUGAUAGAGGACACCAGCACUGUCUCCAAGUCACGCGGUACCGAGCGAACAUCACCUAGGGCUAGAUCUCCGUCACUGCACCGUUCGUCAUCCCCACCACCGGACCAUCUUGGCGGCGCCCUGUCUGACGAUGAUGACGACCAUAUACCGACGGUGGAAGAUUUGGCAGACUCGUUUCUUAGGGAAGAGCCGGAAGAGGAAAUUAAAGAGCUGGAACAGGAGCUGGAAUCUCAGUCGGCAUGUCUCCAAGAGUCGGUCUCAUCGAACGAGGACGACGAUGAAGAGAGCGUUGCGGGAAUGGGAGCUCCCAUGCCCCUCCCUUACUAUCUUCGAAAUAUUUUGAACACUGCUCUGGAUCGCCUGCAGAUUGUCGUGAAGGACAUUGAUAUUGACGUUCAAGACCAGAUAUCGUCAUCGCCUCUUACCAGCGAAGAUGAGAACGCAUAUACAUCUUUGAAUUUCCACGUGGAUCGCGUCGCUAUCGACUCUGUGACCGCUGAGGAACCCCGUGUUAAUAUUUCGACCUCAAAGAUUCCGCAAGAUACGUCGAAAUUAGGCAAGCGGCGGUUGCGCAUCGAUAAUAUUUGUGGACGACUGAUCUCGGAUGCGCGCAAUUUCGUCUCUGCCUCACGAACAUCGGUGCCAUCGUCACCGGUCGAUACACGCUCCGAAAUGACUUCCAGUUUGAAGACACAGAGCGAACCGGCAGCCAGCGAAAUUCUUCCCACACCGGAAGCCUCGGCACGGUUGACGGAGGCAGCUUCGCCGGUUUUGACUUCUACAGAGGGCCAAGCGACAGCACUGAGCCCUGUGACUGUGCCCACGGAAGACCCUUCACAUGCGCCUACAUUGGCACCGGUGUCACCACCUUUACAGCAGCACCCGUUAAGCUCGUCCGUGCACACAACAGACGAUGAUCGGUUUGCUGAUGCCAACUCGGAUGACGGCUUAGAGCGCAGCAUCGCAAGUCAAUCAAGUAGCCGCUCGGGCCCACGCGAUCUGGGUGAUAGUAGUCGUCUCUACGGCGAUGACGAAGGCCUCCUAGACUUUUUGCAAAACAAUGUUCUUGACUCGCACUUAGGGACGAGCCAGCUUGAAGAUGAUCCAGAAUUCCGUGCCUCGGACGACUUGUGGAAUCUCAAUAGAGCAGAUUCGAGACAUGGGGACGCGCAGCGGUUCUAUGAAAGCCAGUAUUCGUCGUGUGAUUUGCCGACAGUGUCUAUGCUUAGACGAUCAAUCGAGCCGGUCGCAGAAAGAGCAUCUUCUCAAGAAAGCGCGUCUCCAUCACAAUCAAUCACUGUGGAACAACCCAGUGCAGAGGACGAUCUACAUCAUAGUCGGCAAUCUGUGGGAGUUGAAGCUCCAGAACCAGUACACGAUCGCGAUUUGGCUAGCUCUACUGUUAGCCAAGCGUCGACUCAAGAAGACUUGAUAGAGUCUAGGACGUCUAGUCACGAGGAUGCUGGAAGCUUGUACAUGAGCGCUAUGAGCGCAGCGCCCGGCCAACAUGGACACGUGCCUGGAGGUUGGGAUUCUUCCUCAUCAGCAUCCAGCCAUGACACUUCGUCGGACACAUCGGUAGAGGUACCCGAGGAGAUGAUCGCAGGUAGUAUACUACGUCCUCAGCCAGAUACGGAUGAUGGCUGCGAAACGCCACGACCGAGCAGCCCGCAGAGCAUGUCCUCCCCUCAACAGACUCGCCGUGUAUCCACUGCAGUGCCAGGCGUCUCGGUAGAAAGCCAGGAGGUGCCUCGGAAGUUGUUAGCAAAAGCCUUUCUGACCAUCGACGAGAUCACGGUUUGGUUCCCACUAGGCUUGAACGGGGACGAAUCUGCAGUCGAGGCAUCUAAUUGGGACCUGCGUCCUGAAGGGCUCGCCGAGGAUUCCAUGUACGAAACCAUGCCUGGCACCUUCUCCCACCAUGCCAUUAGGGACUUGCGGAAAAAACCUGCUGCUGAUCCCGCAGCUCGGCGGCGUCCAGAGCCUCGAGUGCCUGAGACGGAGAAGAAAACAGCCACUGCAAACGUUUCUUUCGAGAUAGGCUCUAUCGUUUGCCACGUCGAUUUUGCCACAGGCAACAUCAUGUUCCAGAUGCUCACUAAGGCAAUGGCCGCCUUAGCUGAAGACAUCACUGAUAAGCAUACGCAAAAGACAACCAAACCGGAGACAGGGAAACUGACGGCGUCUCGAUCUAGUGUCGAGCUUUCCGUGAAAGCCGUUUGCAUUGCCUGGAAGGAACGAUUGCUGAGUGAAUCGUUCACAGAAAUUAGUGGUUCUAGCCCAUUGCUCGAACAAGAUCCGUUAGAUGCUAUUGUCAAGAUCACCAUGGCUUCUGUUUACGGAGCAAGCCAAACAACGUCAACAGAAGCUCAGACUAAGGUUCAGAUUGCCAAGUUCACAUUGUCUUCCUUGGAUUACGAUAUUAUAACAUUCGAGAAGUCUCGCUCAAAGGCUCGUAGAUCAGUCAGCAAUGCUACGGAUCACCUGAAGCAUGAUGUUCAAGUCGUAUACGAACAGAGGCAAGAUCGCCGUGUGACCGUUAUCACCCGUCCGGUGAAGGUUAUCUUCGAUCUGGAGAAGGUGGAUGAAGCUUUGGGAUCUUUCGGAGGUUUUAGCGGUGUUCUAGAGCUGAGUGCCUCCAUAAGCUCUAGCAGCCGUGGUAAUAGCCCUGUUAUGGAUCCAGCACCAGCUCGAACUCGUGGUGUGCGCUUCGGCGAUACCACACCACCUCCUACGAUUGCUCCUUCAACGAUGCCCAAGAUCCAAGUGCAAUUUGGAGACGUUGAUUUUGUACUCAAAGGACAAAGCUGUGCUGUACAGCUGCAGACUACUUCCGUCAAGCUUGCUGUCCGGGGAAGCAAUGUCCGCUUGAAAGUAGCGGAUGCCCAACUCACUGGCCCCUACACGGCAAUUAUUACGAAUGGCGCUCCGCUUGUAGUGAAGAUUCAAGACACUACGGUGAAUUUCCUGUCAUCGCCCGAAGAAAUUGAUUUGGACAAGUUGAUAUACAUGAUCACACCUUCAAAGGACCCAUACGAGAACGAUGAUGACAUCCUGAUUGAGACUUUGAUACGACAACGCAAGAAAGGAUCUGUUCUUCGGCUAGACGUGAAGUUAGUGGAUGUGCUGGUGACUGAAAUCGAUGCACUACGCGCAUUCGAGGCGCUAGGAGCGGAGAUGGCAAAGCUGUCCAGGAUUACGAAGUAUCUCCCAGAUGACGAUCGUCCCGGCAUCCUUACGCUUGCCAACGUACAGCACAUCGGCGCCAGGGUAACGGUAAAUGAACGUUUGGGCGAUGUGUCGGUCGAGCUGAACGAUGCAUCCGUGGCACACAUCGGCCUUCCUGCGCUUUUUGCCACCCAGAUUGGGUCUAUGUCUGCUUGGCGAGAAGAGGAGGUGUUGGUUCAUGAAGUUGUUAAGCUGGUGGACUCGGACGGGCUGCCAAUGGUCAUGAUGCGUGUCAUUGGCGACGAAAUGGAGCCCGUCAUGAAAGCGAAGCUAUUCAACCUUUGCGCCGAAUAUCAUGUCUCUACCGUCAUGGCAGCCCUUGGCUUGUCAGAAGAUGGGACAAUCGACGACAUCGCCCUUGGUCUAGCUUCAUCAGUCGCCACUAUUACGGGGGCAACACCGCCAGCAAUCCUGACUAGGCAUACAUCUUCGGUUAGCUCUCCAGUGACGACGAAAACGAAGCCGCUGCAUCUCGACGUUCAGUUCCGGAAUUGUGCGCUGGGAUUGAACCCUCGAAAGAUCCCAGCAAAGAGUCUAUUCGUUUUAACGGAUGCUCAUUUUCUUGGCAAGCAAACGAGCAAAACCGACUACUCGAUUGAGAUGGAGCUGCGUAAAGCUUCGAUUCAGGUCAUCGAUGACAUUUCUCGGCUCGCGGAAGAACAGAGACCCGCCCCAUCUUCUAAGGUUCUCGUAAACAAUCCCCAGCUUCGUGAGCUGCUCGAUCAAGGCUAUGUCACACUAAGCUCUAUCGCGGCGGCUAAGGUGAUUGUUGCUAUCACAGGUGAUGGUGACGUUCAACCUCAAAAGGUUGACGUGGAGUUUCAGAACGAACUCUUUGUGAUAGAGUCGUGUGCGGAUUCUACACAAACCCUCAUCGCUAUCCUGAAUGGUCUACAGCCACCAAUGCCUCCAUCAACUGCUGAACGUUACCGGCCUACAGUGCCACUGCAAGAGAUGAUGGAAUCUUUCACGAUGGAUGCACUCGCCGCUGAUCCGGACGCUAUUCCUCUGGACGAAGACGAGGACGCAUUCACCCUUGAUGAGGACGAGGAAUUCUCCAUGGAAAACGCCGACCUGAUUCUGGAUGAUAUUCCCACGAACAGGGAGUUUGUGGGCAGCUUUUACAAUUCGGAGUCCUUGCCAACUGAAGAGGACAUGGGAGACAGCAUGCUCGAGCAAGAUGAUCUGGGCGCUCUCGCCACCCCGCCCGUCACUCGUAAGCUUGGUGAACCCGCCAUGUUGGAGAGCUUCGAGGAACGCUUCGAGGUCGCGUCCGGGCAGGAACAGUUGAACUUCGAUGACAAUUAUUUUAAGGACUCGGACUCCGAUUACAAAGGCAAAGCUCGGAAGUGGGAUUCUUCAAACAACAAAUACCACCACGUGAACGCGUUCAAAGCCCCCAAUGCUCCACUCAAAGUACAGAUCCACGAUAUGAAUAUCAUCUGGAAUCUAUACGAUGGAUACGAUUGGCCAAAGACUAGAGGUGACCUGGCACAGGCAAUCGACGAUAUCGAAGCUCGCGCAGAAGAACGCCGACGGAGAUUUCAAGAAGACGAUGAAGAUCUUGAGUUCAUCGAAGAAGGCCAGCUGUUCAACUCUGUGUGGAUCGGAGUGCCCAUCAAGGAAGCGAAAGGUGCCUUGGCAAAACAGGUCAUUCAGGACAUCAAUCGCGGCCGCGAUGGAUCCGAUCAGGCUAGCGAGACGGGCAGCUAUGCUACAUCUACUGCUACGCGAACCACAACAGCCACAGCGCGACCACACUCAAGCGUAUCGACCAAACGCCUUCAGAAGUUGGGCCGAGGAAAGCAUAAGCGGAUCUCGUUCGAGCUCAAGAAUGUUGCUGUUGAUCUCGUGGUUUUUGAACCUGGUUCUGGCGAGACGGUCAACUCGAUCGACGUCCGCAUUCAAGACGUAGUCGUCUAUGAUCGUGUUCCUGGAUCUACCUGGAACAAAUUCGCUCUAUGCGACGUGGAACCCGAGAAACGCGAGAUGAACCGGCCAAUGAUAAACAUUGCACUCUUAACAGUCAAACCAGCACCAGACCUCGCCGCCACCGAACUAGUCAUUGAAGUCAGCGUUCUACCGCUCCGUCUGCAUGUUGACCAAUUUGCUCUGGAGUUCAUCCAGCGUUUCUUCGCGUUCAAGGACCAGUCCGCUGCCAGCAGCUCCGCUCCAUCUGAGCAGCCGUUCAUCCAGCGGCUCGCAGUCAACACGGUGAAGAUUAGGCUGGACUACAAACCGCGCAAGGUCGACUACCGUAGGCUACGCUCCGGCUCCACCACCGAGCUGAUGAAUUUUAUGACAUUAGAGGACACACCAAUCCUCCUCCGCCACGCCAUUUUGUAUGGCAUCAAAUCAUUCGACGAGCUCCACGACACCCUAAACAACGUAUGGAUGCCCGACGUUCGUGAGAACCAGCUCGCCAAGGUCCUCUCCGGUGUCGCCAUAGCCCGUCCCGUCGUCAACGUCGGCUCCGCCGUAGCCGACCUCUUCAUCGUCCCUAUGCGUGAGUACCGUAAAGACGGCCGCGUCGUGCGCGCCAUGCGGAAGGGCAUGGUUGCCUUUACUCGCAACACAACGUCCGAAGCCGCCCGCCUCGGCGCCAAAGUCGCCAUCGGCGCGCAAACCAUACUCGAAACCACAGAGCGCUUCCUCAACCCUGAAACUGCGAAUCCGGUCCAUCCGUCUUCGUCUCGCACUCCGUCAGGCGGCCACGACUGGGAAGACCUCUCCGCUUCCGACACCGAAGAACCCCGCGCGGUAUCCAACUACGCCGACCAGCCCAUCACCGUGCGAGCGGGCCUGCGUAGCGCAGCGCGCCACUUCCAGAAGGACUGGGCGUACGCUCGAGACGCAGUCAUCGCUAUCCCGGGCGAGAUCAUGGAGGAAGGGACAGGGGCGGGGAUGGCUAAGGUGUUGGCUAGGCGGGCGCCGACGGUUGUGUUGAGGCCGUUGGCGGGGACGACGAAGGCCGUUAGUAGGACGUUAUUGGGCGUGGGCAAUGCGUUGGAUAAGGGGGCCAGGCGGAAGAUCGACGAUGUGAGUACAAGCUGUUAUGAUGUGCACGAAUGA